AGUCGUUGUUUAGCUGUGAGUGAGGUUUGACGAACUGGAAGCGCUCUUAGCAGUCUUUGAAAAGUUCAAAAGCAAAUUUACAUUUUUUGGGUUACCGGUGUAUUCUCAGUUCAAGGGGUUACGAAGUUUUGAAUAUUGGUUAUUUAUUGAAGAGUACUUCAAUUUUAGUUAUAGAUAUUGGAAGUUUUAUAAGGCCGACGCCACCGGUGAAUCUUUCAUCGAGUUUUCUAGUAGUAAACCGGCUUUUUCAUAGCUCCUUCGCCAGUAAGAUUAACCUGAAAGUCACAAUGACUAAGUAUCAUAAACCGGAGGCAAAAGUCAUCCAGGAAAUCAAGGAUAUAGCCAUGAAGUUGCGGAUUGACUCUAUUUCGGCAACAAACAGCUCAAAAUCUGGACACCCAACAUCAUGUUCGUCCAUGGCAGAGAUCAUGGCUGUUCUCUUUUUCCACACAAUGAGGUACAAGCUAUCGGCUCCCAGGGACCCUUCCAGCGACCGAUUCAUUCUCUCCAAAGGUCACGCCGCACCCAUCCUCUACGCUGCAUGGGCCGAGGCGGGUUUAUUCCCGGUCAGCAACCUUCAGAACCUGCGCAAGAUCGACAGUGAUCUAGAGGGCCACCCCACUCCGAGGCUGAACUUCGUUGAUGUCGGCACCGGUUCGCUGGGUCAAGGUGUGUCGGUUGCUGCCGGGAUGGCGUAUGUUGGCAAAUACUUCGACAAGGCUUCCUAUAGAGUGUAUGUGUUGGUGGGUGAUGGAGAGAGUGCAGAAGGUUCAGUGUGGGAGGCACUUCACUUCGCCAGCCACUACCAACUGACCAACUUGUGUGUGAUCUUCGACAUCAACAGGCUCGGCCAGUCAGAAGCCACCUCGCUCCAACAUGACAUGGACACGUACCGCAAGCGGCUGGACGCUUUCGGGUUCAACCCCAUCGUCAUAGAUGGCCAUGAUGUUGAGGAGCUUGCCAAGGCAUUCCAUGAAGCAUCAACAGUGAAGACAAGACCUACUGCCAUACUGGCCAAGACCUUGAAGGGCAAAUACUUUCCAGGAAUCGAAGAUAUGGCCAACUGGCACGGACAGGCGCUGGGUGACAAGGCUACUGAUGUCAUAAAGCAUUUGGAGUCAAUGGUGAAGAACAAAGGGAAGAUUUCACUCGGCCCCCAGGAAGUGAUCGAUGAUGCUCCGAAGAUUGACAUUACCAACGUUCGGCUGUCGUCCCCGCCCAACUAUAAGCUCGGAGAUUCCAUCGCCACAAGGUUGGCUUACGGUACUGCCCUGAUCAAGAUAGCAGAGAACAACCCCCGAGUCAUUGCUCUCGAUGGUGACACUAAGAACUCGACCUUCUCUUGCAAGAUCAAAGAGGUGAGUGCAGACAGAUACAUCGAGUGCUACAUCGCUGAACAGAACCUGGUGGGAGUGGCAAUAGGAGCUGCUUGCAGGGAUCGAACCAUUGCGUUUGCCUCCACUUUCGCUACAUUCUUCACUCGAGCUUUUGAUCAGAUUCGCAUGGGUGCUAUCUCCCAGACCAAUGUCAACUUUGUUGGUUCUCACUGUGGUGUCAGUAUCGGAGAAGACGGACCCAGCCAGAUGGCUCUGGAAGACUUGGCUCUCUUCCGCUCCAUCCCAGGGUCGACAGUGUUCUACCCUGCAGACGCAGUUGCGACUGAGCGAGCUGUAGAGUUGGCAGCCAACACCAAGGGCAUCUGUUUCAUCCGGACAUCCCGCCCUAACACUGCCGUCAUCUACAAGAAUGAUGAGCCAUUCAAGGUUGGAGGUGCUAAGGUGGUGAAAUUGUCAGCCAAGGAUCAAGUUCUGUUGAUCGGCGGUGGAGUGACUCUCUACGAAGCUUUGGAGGCCGCUGAGAAACUGGCAGCAGAGGGCAUCAACUGCAGAGUACUGGACCCUUUUACCAUCAAGCCCAUCGAUGCCGCCAACAUCAUCGCCAACGCCAAGCAGUGCGGCGGUAGGAUUAUCACUGUUGAAGAUCACUAUCCCGAAGGAGGUCUAGGAGAGGCAGUAAUCUCCGCAGUAGCAGGAGAGAGGGACAUCAUGGUGAAGAAGUUGGCUGUGCCCACAGUCCCACGCUCCGGUCCUCCCAAAGUUCUCUUGGAGAUGUUCGGUAUCAGCGCGAAGAACAUCAUAGCCGCCGUCAAAGAAAUCAUCAACAAAUAAACUAUAAGUCAAGACAAAUAAAUAUCAUGUUUCAUAAUCACAUUCCUCACGAUACAAGAACUGAUGAAUUAAAGACUAGAGUUUUUAUAAGUUUUAUGAUCUUCUAUUUUGUUACUAUAUAACAUUCUUUAAGAAAUGUUAAUUGUUGUGGGUAUAAAAUAAAGCUUUGGAAUAUUG